AUGGCCGAUGAGAGCUCUCUUUGCUGUACAUUGUUUACGCUCCGCGAUCAUGGCACAGUAUUCAUGCCCCCAUGUCAAAAUUGUUCCUUCACUCCUAGAUCGGAUAAUGUCUUGGAUCUACUGAAGGAGAUACAGUCCCUUUCCCAGGCCAAGAGAUUCCGGGUAUUCAUAUCGUCUGGAGGAGCAGUACUUUCAUCUGUUUGGAAAACGAUUGAUAAAAGAUGUCAAGGAACCUUUACAGAUGAUUUUACAACUCAGAAGAAUGUAUAUAAAGACGAUAUGGUAUGCGACAAAUGGAAUAAUUUCAAUCCGGUUGUGAAACAGAAGAAACCGGCGAAACAUCAAAAUACUCUUCAUAGCAAAGAGCAUAACUCGGAAUCCCUACCGCCAUAUACCAAGGGAUGUCAAAGUGCUGGAAUGAAACGUAAAGAUAAAUCCUACGCAGAUCGUCAAAAUCCCCAAGUUCAGUUCGCCGAACCUUGUAGCGAAGUCUUGAACGCCCUCGAAGAGAGCUACCUCGAAAAGCAAUUGGCUGCUUUCAUGUGCUGGAUAUUAGAGAUCGACUCACACUUGGAGAAGGCUUGUGAGCAGGUCUUCUCAGAUCUUGGCGGAGCAGUGUCUUGUGGAGAUAUGACCGAAUUUAACGAAAUAAAAUCGAGAUGUAUGGCGGAAAUUUAUUAUAAGCCAAAAGUCGACCAACAACAACGACUACUGGGGAAUUGGAAAUUGGGUAGCAAUUCAUCUUAG